AUUCAUUGGCGUACCAUAACUAACUUAUUUUAGACUUUUCUUAGUGGCAUCGGAGUCAUCCUGCUUCCUGUAUCCUCUUUGCCACAAACCGACAGAUUGUACACAAUCAUCAUGGCGACGCAGGAUGGAGAUGAAGGAGCCGUAAUGGACACUGAGACUGAGGCAAAGCCAACAGAAGCAGAGGCAUUUGGUGAAAAUGUGGAAAAGGCCGAUGCAGAAUCUACAUCUCUCACAGAUGCAGGAAAUGCCACAACUCAGGACUCUAGUAUUAGCAAUGGCGACGACGCAGACGACAAGCAGGAGACGGUGGACUUGAAGAUUAUCUGGAACAAGAACAAAUACGACCUGAAAAUUCCUGUCGACAGUACCGGAGCCAAGCUAAAAGAGAGGAUCCAUGCACUCACUGGUCUUCCACCAGCAAUGCAGAAAGUGAUGUACAAAGGACUGCUUCCAGAGGAUAAGACGCUACGUGACAUAAAGGUUACAAACGGGGCAAAAAUAAUGGUGGUCGGAUCUACAAUAAAUGAUGUAUUAGCUGUAAACACACCGAAAGAGGUUAUUCAGCAGGAAGUUAAAGCCGAGGAAAACAAGAAAGAGCCCUUAUGCAGGCAAAAGCAACACAGGAAAGUACUGGACAAAGGUAAACCAGAAGAUAUAAUGCCAUCUAUCAAAAACAAGGUGAGGGGUGGUGAUUAG